AUGGCAAUUGAUGAUGAUGGCUACUUACAUUUAAGUGGUAAUAUGCAUGUUGUACCACUCAUAUAUUUUCGUACUGCACAAUCACUAAAUUCUUCUACGUUCGUAGAAUUGAAUAGAAUGAUUGGUAUCGAUGAAAAUCGUACUACUUAUCCUAUGUUUAUGCGUGGGCCGGAAAAUGAAUUAAUUUUUACAUAUCGUUCAGGAAUGAGUGGAAAUGGCAAUCAGAUUUAUAAUCUUUACGAUUUAAAAACAAAAACAUGGAAACGUUUACUUGAUAAGCCGUUGACUGAUGGCGAAGGCAAACGUAAUGCAUAUUUUGAUGGAUCAAUCAAAGGUCCAGAUGGUUAUUUUCAUUUAGCUUGGGUUUGGCGUGAAUCACCAGAUGCUUCUACCAAUCAUGAUUUGAGUUAUGCACGUAGCAAAGACUUGGUGUCUUGGGAGACGGGUGCUGGAAGACCUCUUAUAUUGCCAAUGACAUUGGAAACUUGCGAAAUCGUUGAUCCAAUACCGCAAAAAGGUGGAAUUAUUAAUGGUAACACCAAAGUUGGCUUCGACGAACAAGGACACGUAACCGUUAGCUACCAUAAGAACGAUGUAAAUAAUUAUACACAACCAUGGACAGCACGUCUCGAAAAUGAUACAUGGAAGAAAUAUCAAAUUACUAAUUGA